AUGUCUUCUUCGCUCCCGCUCAAGACCCGCAUCUCCCCUCCUCUGGGCGCUGGUUCUUCUCUCGCCGAAGGUGGUGAUCACCUCCCUGGCAAUCUCACCUCGGCUCUCGAGUAUGCCUCCAAGAGGCUCCAGAGGAAAGGAGCAAAGUUCACUCUCUUGGUUAUCCGCAAGGAUUACCAGCUUCCGACCUCUCCACUCGGCUCUCCAUCCGCUCAGUCUUUCUCGUGCGGUAGCACUCCUUCCUCCUCGACCUCAAGCUCGGUUGCCAGCACCCCAGCCAAGCCUACUUUUGCUCACGCAUUCAAGCAAUUUGUUCGUGGUGACACGGGUCCGAUCAAGGAGAGGGUAAUCAACAUCAACACCGACUACCGCUAUGGAGCCACGUCACCCACAUUCUCCGAAGCCUCCCUCACUUCUGCUUCGACAGCAUCAACAGUCGACUCCGUCUUCACCAACCACCGCGGCCGAGUAGGAGGAGCAGGACGAUGGCCACUCAGCCCGGGUGCUUCCCAAGCACCGUCGGCGCCUUUAACACCAGCAACGCCAUAUUCCACCUCCUCCAUGGCCGCCGACAACAUUAACACUACAUGUCUUCCCAGCGCCGGCCUCCACGCCACCCGCGGCUUCGGCCCUGCCCUGCUUCAGAUACCCUCAUCACCGACAUCAUCAGAUUUCGGUAUCCGCCUCAUCCACGCCAUCCCGCUCAAGGAAAAAGAGGACAAACUCCUCUCUUCGACUCUCGAAAAAGCUGCCAAGAAAUUCAACAUCUCCCCUUCCUCCCUCCCACCACCCAUCCCCGCCUCGACACUCGGCCUCCCCCCCGAGCUUUUGCACCGCUCUCUGGCCCAAAACGAAGUCCUUUUCGGCCCUUCCUCCUCUUCCUCGGGGGCAGCCGGCCUUCGUCUCCUCUCGCUUGACCACUUGUACACCUUCCGCUCGGCGCUGCAGUGCUACACCCGGACGGUGAACCAUAAGCCGUCGGUGUCAAGAUCGAUUGCGCACCGCAGGCUGGAAGAUGCCGUGGAUGAGUUAAGGAGACUUGUGCUGGGGAACGGAUGCCAGAAGCUCAAGAAGAGUUGCCUUGUUAGCGCGUAUGCAAGGUUUAUGGAUCCCGUUAGCAAUCGGAGCUUGGAGGAGGUCGGGAGGAUGUAUGGGAGAGCGUAUGGCAGAAGGGAUCAUAGGGGUGGGCGGGAUGUAAGGGAGAAGGGGUGGGUGGAUGAUACGGUUGAUAAGGUCGAGGGCGUAGAGCAGGGCAUUUUUGAGUUGAUGGGUGAUUUUGAGAUGCCCGAACCAGUUCGUGUAAUGAAGGAGAAGCCGUUGCCGGUGGCGCCGGUGUCGAAUGGGUGGGUUGGUCCUUACUACUACGGUGGUGACGAGAAGGCGGUUGUCGUGGCGGAGGAGGACAUUGAUCUCGACGAGAUGGCCGACAUGAUGGACGAAAUUGAUCUGGAGAGCAAGCUGGAGAUGGACGACAUCGAGGCU